AUGUACGGCCCUCUGCCCUUCUCCGGACUCCUCAAUGUUUUGAGAGAGGCAGAUGCAGCUUGCAAAUGGAAGCGGGCAAGAAAAGGGGGGAGGAGAUACAAUUUUGCCGCGCGCCCCCCGCCCCACAAAAAAAAAAAAAAAAAAAAAAGAGUUGCAAAUGCCAGGCGGAUUUGCUGCUGCUGCUACAUGACGCCUUCUCGCAGUUCCCGGCGGCGCAAUGAGGAGCGCACGGGAUCACGGGCGGGCUCGGGGCGUGGGGCGGCUGCGGCGCCGGCUCCACCUCCCGGCUCGCAGGUUCCCGGCCGGGCUUGGCCGGCACAGCUCCCGCCCAGUCUCCGCGCCGCACCUACCGCCCUAGGUGAAAGUGGGAGGCGUGGAGAGGGCGGGGAGAGCGGCGCGCGGCGGGGGAGGACGCUUUCCUUGCGUUCUCGCCGGGAUCCGGCUGGGCUAGGGCAGCUCCGGCCCUUCUCCUCCUUCUCCUCCUCCUCCUUCUCCUCCUCCUCCUCCUUCUCCUCCUCCUGCGUUUCCUCCUCACCUCGCGAGAGCCAGCCUCCGGAGCCCGGGCGGGCGGUCCCCGGCGCGGGGCGCACCCCCAGGAGAGACGCUGCGCGGUGCUGCGGUGGCGGCGGCGGGCACCGCGCCCCUCCUCGCAGCCUCCCUCCCAAACCGCAAAAGCCCUGUGUGAUAUGGGGCGAGCGAGCGGAGCGCGCGAGAGAGCCCGGGAGCCAUCUGCUGGCUGCGAGGGAGGAGAUCUGGCAGAGCCGCGCUUCCCGAGUCCUAGUCCCCACCUCGGGGCGGGCCGAGGGACGCAGAGCACGGGAGACUGCAGUGCUGCAGAGCCGUCUGCACGGAAGCCGGUUCUUUCUGAGACCUCUCACGCACGUUUUCUUUUUCAACCCUCCCGGUGACAUGUCAUUUCAUCAGCGCUCUUCUUCAUUUUGGGCGAGCUAGACGAAACCUGUGAACACUAAUCAUAUGGAGGCUGGGGUUUCAGUAAAAGAAUCAUUUUCACUGCUACAGGAUCCUGGCUGGCUCCUGCAUCUCUGAAGUGAAUUAAAAUGAAUCUCCUAUCACGACACUGAAAAAAUGACUGACUGAUUUUGGAAAUCAAAGUAAUUUACUUCUCGGUUGCAAAACUCAAAUGUGUUUCAGAAGAGCAAGCAGAGAACUCCAAGGAGCACUGUUUAUAAAGUGGUAAAGCCAACAAACAGGAAACAUCCCCAGCCCGGUCAAACCAUGGUGCCAGCUUAGAGAAUGCAGUGUGCAUUCUGAAAUGUGUGCUUGUGGACUUAUUCUGUAUACCUCUCCAACUGCCCCCAAAACAACCUUUUCUCGCUCUACCAUCCCUCCAACUUCCUUAAAUUCAUCCCUGCUUAUAUAGUCUCGAAUAAAAUAGUGAUCAAGCCGCUACAUGAAACUGAUUGGCAUUACAUAAGUAAUU